AUGGCUGAGAUUCGCCGUAAGCUUGUUAUUGUUGGUGAUGGUGCUUGUGGAAAAACUUGUCUCUUGAUUGUUUUCUCCAAGGGCACUUUCCCUGAGGUCUACGUCCCAACCGUUUUCGAGAAUUACGUUGCAGAUGUUGAAGUUGAUCAAAAACACGUUGAGCUUGCACUUUGGGAUACUGCCGGACAGGAAGACUAUGACCGUCUUCGCCCUCUUUCCUACCCAGACUCUCACGUGAUUCUCAUCUGCUUUGCCAUCGACUCCCCCGAUUCGCUGGAUAACGUUCAAGAGAAGUGGAUCUCUGAGGUUCUUCACUUUUGCUCCGGCCAUCCUAUCAUCCUUGUCGGAUGUAAGAAGGACUUGCGCCACGACCCCCGCACCGUUGAAGAAUUGAACAAGACUUCUCAAAAGCCAGUUACCCCCGAGCAGGGCGAGGAGAUUCGCAAAAAGAUUGGCGCCUACAAGUACCUCGAGUGCUCUGCUAGAACCGGUGAGGGCGUUCGUGAGGUCUUCGAGUGCGCUACUCGUGCUGCCCUUUUGGCCAAGACGGACAAGAAGAAGAAAAUCUGUAAGAUUCUCUAA